GAAGAAGACACACCGCGCAUGCGUGUCAUUGUAAUAAUGGACGACUACCUUUUCUGCACUGGCUGAUCAUGUCUGCUUUUGGACUUUUUAAAAUAUAAUCCAUCCACUUAAAAACAACAUCUCAUCAACAUUUCAACAACGAGACCAACUAUUUCGAGAUGACUGCUGACACUGGCAAUGUGGGCCACCAUAUAAUGACUUUCUAUCCCACCAAAGAACAGUUCAAGGACUUUGGUCGUUAUGUGGCCUACAUGGAGUCACAGGGAGCACACAAGGCUGGAAUGGCAAAGGUCAUUCCACCUAAGGGCUGGAGGCCAAGACAGACAUAUGUGGAUAUUGAUGAUCUGGUCAUUCCUGCUCCCAUCCAGCAGGUAGUAACUGGCCAAUCAGGGUUGUUCACACAGUACAAUAUUCAGAAGAAGCCAAUGACUGUCCAUGAAUUCCGCAAGACUUCAAAUUUAGAGAAGUUUCGCCAUCCCCAGCAUGCAGAUUGUGAUGAACUAGAGAGGAAGUUUUGGAAGAAUCUCACAUUUAACCCUCCCCUUUAUGGAGCAGAGGUUACUGGAUCACUGUAUGAUCAAGGUGUCACUGAAUGGAACAUUGGUUGCCUCAACACCAUUUUAGACUGUGUGGAGAACGAGAGCAGUGUUAAGACUAAAGGGGUCAACAAAGCGUCCUUGUGCUUCGGGAUGUGGAAGAGUGCUUUUGCUUGGCACACUGAGGAUAUGGACUUAUACAGCAUCAGCUACCUUCAUUUUGGAGAGCCCCAGUCUUGGUAUGUGGUACCCCCAGACCAUGGCAAGAGGCUAGAGGCACUUGCAAAGGGUUUUUUUCCAGGUAGCGCUCAAAGUUGUGAAGCUUUUCUUCGACACAAAAUGACUUUGAUUUCACCAUCAAUUCUGAGGAAAUACGCAAUUCCAUUUGAAAAGGUGACCCAACAUGAGGGGCAGUUCAUUCUGACGUUCCCAUUUGCAUAUCAUGCUGGUUUUAACCAUGGUUUCAACUGUGCUGAGUCUACUAAUUUUGCCACGCUCAGGUGGAUUGAUUAUGGCAAACAGGCAACACAGGUAACAGGGUGUAACACCACUAGAAAUAAAUGUCAUGGCAUCUAUGAUGAAAAACAGGUAUUGUAGGCAUGAACAAAUGCCUUGAGCACUUAGACCACUUAAUAUUAGUGGUCUAAUGAUCUGCAAUGUAACAGAUUACUUACCAGUAUUCUUAUGUUAUGGUGAAAGAGUUAAAAAGAAUAGCAAUGUUGAUAAUUAUGUAUAUAAAAGAAUGCGAUCCAAUGAAACGGUUAGAUCACUGAAUGAAGGCCUUAAUGAUCAGGACUGGGGUUCAGUAUACUUGGAGAAAGACAUUGAUAGAACCUACAAUUUUUUUUUUAUAUAUAUUUCUAACAUACAAUAAACACUGCCUUGAUCCACAAUGUAGAUCCACAAAAAGAAAAUUAAAUUUUCUUUGGUUAACAAAGGGGUUACAGAACGCUUGUAAAAAGAAAAAUUAUCUUAAUAGAUAAAAUAAAAUUGGAAACGAAGGAUUCAGAAAGAAGGUAUAAUAUUUGUUAACUUA